AUGAAUACCAAGCAUUUUAUGGAAUGGUACCAAAAACAGCUAUUGCCUCACUGUCCGCCCAAGUCAGUCAUUGUCCUUGACAACGCCAAGUACCACAAUGGUGUUGUUGAGAAAGUGCCCACCAAGACCAGCGCGAAAAAGGAUAUAAUGGCGUACCUGGACAAGCACAGUAUUACCUACGAUAAGCAACGCCUGAAAUCUGAGUUGUUCAUGCUACUAAAGGCAACCAACCCACAAACGAAAUACCUCACUGACGUUCUCUCCAAUGAUGCAGGUCAUGAUGUCCUCAGACUUCCGGUUGGCCAUUGUGAACUGAAUCCUAUAGAACUGGUAUGGGCGCAAGUCAAAGGAUACGCUACAGACCACAACAAGGAUUUUACAAUGAGAGCCAUCGAACAACUGGCCAGAGAAGGCGUUGAAAACGUGACGGCGGCCAAAUGGAAGAAGUGUGUCGACCACGUUAUCCAGAAAGUGGAAAACCACUACAGAACAUCAGACGGCGUGGUAAAACAAGCAGUAGAAAGUCUAGUUAUAGAAGUAGGUGCAGAGGACUCUUCAGACAGUGAAGAGAUCCUGCUAGGAGACGACGAGAAUGAUAACAAUGAUUAG